AUGUCUGGUCUCAUACUUGCUAAAAACAUUGAGGAAUUAGCUGACAAUUUUAGUCUUGGUCCCGGUCCCGCUGAUUCUAUCGUAAUCGAAGCUUCGAGAUCGAUGCUUGUUAAAUCAUUUAAUGAAAUUUUUUCAAAACAAUACUCUCUGGAUAUAAUCCGACAGUCGGUGGAUGAAAGUGAUGUACAUAUUAAAGAAUUGAAUGAACUCAUUAAUCAAGAAAUAAAUUUAUUACCGGGAACGAUUGAUCUAUUUGCAGAAAUACAAAAUCAACAUCGAGAAAUGAUUGAAUAUUUAGAAAUACCAUUACAAGAAUUAUGUGAUUAUGCUGAUGGUAGUGAAAUAGAAAUUGAUAAGACAAUUUUACAUGCAUUACAUCUUAUUCAUGAACAAUUAGAAAAAAUAAUCGAAAAAAUCGAAAAUGAUUUUCUUACUUAUUUGAAUCCAUGGCAAAAUGCAAUGUUAAUGAGUAAGAGUCUAGAAGAACAAAUUCGAUGGUAUGUUCGUCUGGUGAGAACAAUUACCAUCGUUUUGGUUCUUACUUUUGGUCUUAGUCCAAUCAUUUUUUUUGUUAUCGUCAUCGUAUGUUGUCGAAAUCGUUGUCAUCGAAAACAUCCAUUACCAAAGCAUCGCGCUUGUCGAACAGUUCACGAUGAUCAAUCAUUUCUGAUUUCAUUUCUCAUUGAUGAAUUACUUGGACCAAAUAAAAAUGAAUUAAUUGUUGGUGGAUUUGAUGUAGAAGCAAUAUUCACAACGAUUAUAAAUGAUUGUGGAAAUCAAAUACAUUUUAGUGAACAUUUUUUUAGUAAUCAGCUAAAUCCUUUACAAACUGAUGUUAAUCAAGCAAUGAAUGAGUUAAAUAAGAAAAUCGAUGAUAAAUUCAAUGCUUCGAUUACCGCUAUUAAUAUUACAUCAGAUCUUGAACGUCUCGACCAGUUCUCUAUGAUAAUUAACUCAACCAAAAUUCAAAAUAAAAUACAAGAAAUACGCAAUGAUUGGCAAGCAAUAGAAAUAGAAUUCAAAAAGAUCUCAAGUUCUAUUCCAAUAGUACCAGAAAGUAUUAUUAAUCAAACGAUCAAUGACGUUAGUAUUGAAAAAAAAGAUUGA